AUGUUGCUCUCUGUCAUCACUGCGGCAUCUCGCAUUCCCGAUGAAGCCCGCCUCACUACCAGCCGUAGCCUAGGCCCCGAGGAUGUUGCCUACCGACCGAUAGGGAGCAGUCGUAUCAUCAUGCUCCGCGGUGAUAUGUAUAUAGCACAAGCGGCAUUCAUGCAAGGAUUGCGGAGAAGUCCCCCCGAUCCUCAACUAAAGUGCACGGUUGGUGUUCUGAGCCACGCUCGCUGCAGUGCUCAAUACGGACAACACAGAGCAGCAGGAAGAGGGAAUGGAAACGCAAUCCAAACUAUGUGGGUCGAUCAAGGGGUGAGGCUGAAUGCUGAUCAUGAUUAUAAUAGGCUCGCACAAUCUGCCUUUUCAGGCAUCCUUCGCUUGGCAGUGCUUCGCAGGGCAAAAGAGCAAUCGACUGUAAAUGGAAGAGCCGGCUUGGCUUUUACAGUGGAGGAUUAG